AUGGUACGUCCUCUCCCUACCCUCAAUCCUCUCCCUACCCUCAGUCCUCUCCCUACCCUCAGUCCUCUCCCUACCCUCAAUCCUUUCCCUACCGUCAGUCCUCUCCCUACCCUCAGUCCUCUCCCUACCCUCAGUCCUCUCCCUACCCUCAAUCCUCUCCCUACCCUCAGUCCUCUCCCUACCCUCAGUCCUCUCCCUACCCUCAAUCCUUUCCCUACCGUCAGUCCUCUCCCUACCCUCAGUCCUCUCCCUACCCUCAGUCCUCUCCCUACCCUCAAUCCUCUCCCUACCCUCAGUCCUCUCCCUACCCUCAGUCCUCUCCCUACCCUCAAUCCUUUCCCUACCGUCAGUCCUCUCCCUACCCUCAGUCCUCUCCCUACCCUCAGUCCUCUCCCUACCCUCAAUCCUCUCCCUACCCUCAGUCCUCUCCCUACCCUUAGUCCUCUCCCUACCCUCAGUCCUCUCCCUACCCUCAGUCCUCUCCCUACCCUCAGUCCUCUUCCUACCCUCAGUCCUCACCCUACCCUCAAUCCUCUCCCUACCCUCAGUCCUCUCCCUACCCCACUCCCCUCCCUACCCUCAGUCCUCUCCUACCCUCAAUCCUCUCCCUACCCUCAGUCCUCUCCCUACCUUCAGUCCUCUCCCUACCCCACUCCCCUCCCUACCCCCACUCUCCCCAAUGUUUGGACAGCACAAAGAGACGAGUAUCGGGACAUGAGGUAUGAGAAUAAAGGUGCUGAAGUGGACGAUCCAAAUAGGCAAAGCUGCGAAGCUGUUGGCAGUGCUUACGAGUCUGAUGAGCACUGCAUUCAAUAA